AUGGCUUCCACUGCGCUGGCAGACAUCUGGGACGAGCCCAUCAUCAACACUUCCCCCCGCACCACCACACGCAGUGUGCACGGACAUGACAACGGCGAAGACGGUGGCGACAACUCGCCACGCCCAACCAAACGCCCGCGCUCCACUCUCUUCCUCGAAUCUGACGACGAGGCACCCAAGCCUCCCUCUCCGAAAGCCACUGGGCCCACUCAGGAGCACCCCGACAUAGAUGCGCUUUUUGACGACCUCGACGAUGAUCCGGAGCACGCGUUUCAGGACCUCGCUCCUUCGCUCGACCUCGACGCGCUGCGGCGCCAGGCCGAUGUCGUGAAUGCGAGAUCACUUCCCCUAGCCCCUCAUGAGGUCCUCCCAAGUAGCUCUCCCAGCAAGGAUGCCGAUGGUAAUGCUGUAGGACAAGGGGGAAAGAAGGGGGAGAAUGGACGGAAGGAACGGAAGAAGAUUCCGCGACUGGAUGAGGCGCGUUUGCUAGGCCCGGACGGUUUUCCGGCCCUCAUCAAGCAGACGAAGAAUUUCAGGCCAAAGGGAAAGGGCCAUGAGGCGUUGGAUCUGAACAGGCUCCUGCAGGUCUACCAGUUCUGGACGCACAAGAUGUACCCGCGCACGCAGUUCCGCGAUACCACCCAGAGGGUGGAGAAAUUCUGCCACUCGAAGCGGAUGCAGUACGCCCUGCGGACAUGGCGCGACGAGUCUAAGGGCAUCUUCCCCGACCGUCCAGCCGAUGAGACUAUCGAUUUGACGUCGGAUGCCGAACACGACAGCGAGGGCGAGGGUGACGCUGAGCGAGCAAAGGCAAACGAUGCUCCAAGCGGCGAAGCGCAGGAGCAGAGCGUACGGCUGCCCGCUCCCGCUGCGACCAAUUCUCCACGUGUUCGUCUUAAUUCUACUAUAGACGUACCCGAUGACGACUUCGACAUCGACGCCAUGAUCCGGGAAGACGAGGAACAGCGUGCCGCGGCUGCCUCGCUCGCUCUCAAUUCUCAGUCAAGCGCAGCGCGAGGUGCGACUCUCGAUAUCACAGACGAAGACGAGGCAAUGUGGGACGAGCUCGGUGCGUUCGCAGACGAGCCUGCUCUACCUCCCCAGUCCUCUAGCCCCGCACCUGUGCAAGCUCCAGACGAUGAUGAGGAGAUGUGGGAUAUUGUCCGGGAAAUGGAGGCUGAAGCGGCCGCGCAACACGCUCAAGGGUCGGGAGCUCCUGUGCGCAACGCUACACCCUCGGAUGCGAGUCCUUCUCAACUGCAGGAUAGCAGGCAAGCCACCAAUGAGGAGGGAUGGGACGAGAUGUAUGCAUGA